GAAUUUUUUAUUUUAAGCUAGACAUUUUUGAGCGCUCAGCAAUCGUAUCCAUGCAGGGUUGAUCCUUUCUUUGUGCACAGAUGUUUGCAUUAAUAUGUUCUAUCAAAAUUCGUACUCUUCUAAUAAGUGGGCUGUGCUAUUUUUGGAGGGAUUUUCAAGGCUUCUGUAAUUAUCUGGGGCGCGUUUUUUAAGAACAACUAUUAUUACUGCCGUAGCAAGUGGGCUCCGCUAUCUUUAGCGGAGUUUUCAGAGGGUUCUACAAUUUUCUGGGGCGUGUUGUUGAAGAGGAAAUAUAUCUGGCAUCUCGUUCUCACUGUGCAGAAUUUUGGCAUUAAUCACUAUACCUGCUCAGGGAAAGUCUACUGGAAGGAUAUUGGUGUUGUUUAGGUUGCAUUAUACCAGAUCCUGUAGUUUGUGCAUGCUGCCAGUCUAAGCAGGGCAGCAACACCGAUGGCAGAUGUAGAUUAUCACAGCCUUCCCCGGAAAGAGCUUCAAAAUCUGUGUAAGAAAAAUGGAAUACCUGCAAAUAAAACAAAUUCCUUUAUGGUAGAUGCUCUUACUUCGAUCUUGAAGGUUGAUAAGUCAAAGGUUGAUUAUCACAGCCUUCCCCGGAAAGAGCUUCAAAAUCUCUGUAAGAAACAUGGAAUUCCUGCAAAUAAAACAAAUUCCUUUAUGGCAGAUGCUCUUACUUCAAUCUUGAAGGUUGAUUAUUACAGCCUGCCCCGGAAAGAGCUUCAAAAUCUCUGUAAGAAACAUGGAAUACCUGCAAAUAAAACAAAUUCCUUUAUGGCAGAUGCUCUUACUUCGAUCUUGAAGGUUGAUAAGCCAAAUGAAUUUGUCUCAGCAACUCCUACAACCUUACCUGAGGAUGCAGGGAACACAUCCAUUUCUUCUAUACUAAAAAUACACAAUAAUAGGGAAGAUUUCACUGCAUCAAAAUGUUCUUAUGAAAGUACAUUUUUCUCUUUGGAAAUUCAAUCUCAAAGAAAAGAACCGAUUGAGGAAGAUGCUAUCCCUUCAACAGUGGAUACCCAUACUGAAGAGUUCACUGGAGAAAAUCCAAAGACAAAAACUGCAACAAUUGAUAACAGUAAUACAAAUAAGACAUCUGAAGCAGAAAAUGUUCUAUUGUAUGUUGCAUCAUUGGGUACUGAUGAUCGGAAAGAACUUUUUGAGGAAGAUGCUAUCCCUUCAACAGUGGAUAGCCAUACUGAAGAGUUCACUGGGGAAAAUCCAAAGACAGAAACUGCAACAAUGGACAACAGUAAUACAACUAAGACAUCUGAAGCAGAAAAAGUUCUAUUGUAUGUUGCAUCAUUGGGUACUGAUGAUCGGAAUUUUUUUUACCAUCAUGCUAAUCAGCAAAUUGAAUCUGGUCCAGACACUCCUAUAUCCCUUUAUGGGGAUGCGUUGGAAGAGCUUUGCCAACAGGCUAAAUUUAUUACUAGAAAGGGUGACGAAUAUUCACUGUGUUGCACAUCCAGUUCCUCUCUUUGUAAAGAUGUGAAUGAUAGGCUGGACAAUGAUACCAAAACAUAUAGUCAUGACGAGCAGACAACAGUUGAUGUGCAAAGAGUGGAUCAUUGGGGUCAGGAAGAGCUUUGUCAACAGGCUAAAUUUGUUACUAGAAUUGGUGAUGAAUAUUCAUCGGGUUGCACAUCCAUUUCCUAUCUUUGUAAAGAUGUGAAUGAUAGGCUGGACCUUGAUGAGAUGACAACAGUUGAUAUGCAAAGAUUGGAUCGUUUGGGUCAGGAAAAACAUUGUCAACAGACUAAAAUUGUUACCAAAAAUGUUGAUGAAGAAUCUUUACAUUGCACAUCCAACCUUUCUCCUUGUUCGGUAGUGAAUGUCGGUGACACCCAUGAAGGCAACUUUUCUCCUGGUAAUGAGGAGAGGUCAAUUCAUGUUGAAGGAGUAGACCUUUUGUCUCAGGAGAAAGAGAUAUACAUGAGAGAUCAGGAAGAAAAUGAUAUUGAUCCAGCACUAUUAUACUCAUGUGAAAGGCUGAAAAAUCACCACGAUAAUUAUAAGAAUAGCCAGAGGCACAUUGACAUUGAUGACAAAAAAGAUUUGUUUGCAAUGGAAACGGUUAUAGAUGAUGAAACAGUGAAACAUGAUCAACCAUGCAACCAACCACCAUUUUACAGAGGAAAUGACAAGGAAAUUGACAUUGAUGACAGAAAAGAUUUGUUUGGAAAGGAAAUGGCUAUAGAUGAUGAAACAGUGAAACACGGUCAACCAUGCAACCAACCACUAUCUUGCAGAGGAAAUGAUGAAGUUAAGAAAAGUAUGGUCAAGAUUCAGACAGCUGAAGUUUCUAACAAGUCUUCUUCAUGUCAGCUUUUUGUCUGUCAAGUUAAUGGGAUUAAGCAAUUUGUUGACCUUGAAAAUCCCAGUUCAUCAGAAUGGGUGAAAACCCAUAAUUGUGAGCUUUCUGAGUUAAAAUCAGCAAGCUGUAAAACCAUCUGCAAAGUUGAUGUGACAGAAGAAAGCAGGAAAGUUAAGUCAGAUAAGCUUACUGAUUUUCAGCCACCAACUUCAGAUUUUGAGAGGUUUUCAGAUCAAAAUCCAACUACAUGCUCUUCAAAAUUCCUUGGAAGCCAGAAUUUUGGUUCCAUAUUGCCCUUUACUAAGAAAUUGGAUGUUUGUAGAGAGCGGAGACGCACCUCUUCAUUCCUUAUACCUCCACAUGGUGCAAAUAGAGGCUUGUCUUCUUUCAUGACUAAGAAAUCAAGCAGGCUCUCAUAUACUUUCAUCUCUCCAAAAAAUACAAUAAAUGUUUCAUUCUCCUCCCCUUCAGCAAUUGGAGACUCACACAAAUCUGUUAGCACACAGGUUAACUGCUCAUCUGAAAAUUCUUGGCCAAUAAAGGCAGCACCAUCAAAAGUACCAAAUUUCUCUAUUAAGCUGGGGACACCAGAAAAAUAAGUGUUGCUUGCCAAGUAUCAUCCUAACACAAAAACUGCCUAU